GCAAAAAAGUUUAAUUUUCUUUAAUAAUUGAACAUAGAGUGAGAUAAUUAAAAAUAGAAUAAAAGGAAGACCAUAAGUCAGCAAAGAAUGGGAAAAUGGAAAAGACCAUAAAUAUAUUCAAAGACUUUUUAUCUGCUCAAAUAAAAGCCUUUGAUCACUUACUAGUGGGGUUGUAGUACGGAAUAUUAAUUUUUGUUUCUUCUUUUCUACACACUUAAGUAUGAAGUGUUUUACUUCCACUGAAAGACUUCAUUUUUCAUCCAUGCAACAGUUCUAUGCUGAUCAUAUUUAAUUUUGCAGGGUUUUUGAGUUGAAAUUAGCAACGAUAUUUCAAGAGAUUGUCUGACGUGGCAGUUUAGAGAGAGAGAGAGAGUGUGUGUUUUUGAAGUUGGUUUGAUCAGAAGUGAAAAUGGAUUGGAAUCGUUCGGCCGGCACAAGCAAUCGAUCGUCGCCGAAAGACGAGUUCACUGAUUUGGUGCUUUCAUGGUCUCUUCAAGAUAUCUUUAAUGAUAAUCUCUACAAAGACCAGGUGGAGAAGAUUCCAAAGUCAUUUGAAUCUGUUGAUAAGUAUCUUUGUUCGUACAUCUUUCCUUUACUAGAAGAAACACGUGCCGAACUUCGUUCCGCCACCGAAACUGUAUGCAAUGCACCUUCUGCUAAGGUGGCAUCUUUUACGGAGCGAACACACGGGAAAUUCAUGUUCAAUGUUAAGGUUGAUCAAUGGAGAAAUGUUGCCAGUGGUUUUGGUAGUGAGCGGCACAGAAUCUUGCCGGGUGAUGUUGUUCUUCUUUCGGAUUCGAACUCCGAAACUAUUUCUCGCUCACAACUUAUCGGUGGGACAUAUAUUUUUGCAUGUAUAAAUAAUAUCAAGAACGAUGAUAGUUUCGUACUCAAAACCGCCGAGCAGAUUGGAUUCCAAAGCUCUCGUUUUGUUCGCCUGUACAUCGAGCCUUGUUAUGCUGCAAACUCGAAUACCCACAAGUCGUUGUAUCUUGAGAACAAUUGGCUAGAACCGUUAGCACUAAUACGAGUCAAUAAUGGAGUGGAAAUGUGUGAAGUUUGCCCUUUCAAAUACAAUGUUGAGAUGGAGGAGAAACUGCGAUCGAGUUUAUCGUCCAAGUUAAACGAAUCGCAGCUCGACGCGAUUUCGGCAUGUCUAUCCAAAUCCGAGUGCAGCCACAGGUCAUCGGUCGAACUCAUAUGGGGUCCACCCGGAACUGGAAAAACAUCAACCUUAAGCAACUUGCUUCAUCUUCUCCUGAAAAAGAACGUUCGGACACUCGUUUGUGCACCGACAAAUGUCGCAGUUAAAGAACUCGCCUCUCGUGUGGUAGCACUAGUAAGAAACUCUGUUUUAACCGAGUCUCGAGACAACCUAUUGCCUUGUCCUUUAGGAGACAUGUUCAUAUUUGGAAAUAACGAUCGUUUUAAAGUUGGCGCCGACAUCGAAGAAAUCUAUUUGGAUUAUCGUGUUAAGAAGCUUUGGGCUAAUCAAAUCACUUUUGGAGUUUGCCAGAGAUCGAUUUCCACGUUUAGCAACACCACUGAGAGAUUGCAUGUUGACGCUAAUCACUCAUUUACCAACAAGAUAUCGGAAAAAGCUGGAUAUGGGAGAAGUAUGUUUGAAAGAUUGAGUUUGUUAGGUCACCCUAAGCAUCUUCUUAAUGUGCAAUACCGAAUGCAUCCGUCAAUAAGUUGGUUUCCGAAUUCGAAAUUCUAUCGGAACCGAAUAUUAGAUGCGCCUAUUGUGCAGCGCCGAAGCUACGAAAGAUGCUAUCUUCAAGGGAGGAUAUACGGGCCUUAUUCGUUUAUAAAUAUUCCCGGGAGUAACGAAGAAUUUGAUGAUUUCGGGCGCAGUCGAAGAAAUAUGGUUGAGGUGGCUGUAGCUGUGACGCUAGUGCACAAACUAUUCAAAGGUAUGCUAAGAAUGUUCAUUGGAAACCUCAUCAAAUUCUUGUCGUGCCAUGAAUUUGAGGCCAAAUAAGUGCAUCAUGAACU